AGAGGGGGAGAGAGAAAAAGAUAUCUACCUUGGGGAAGAACCUCAGAACGAGGGAGGGAUAGAGAGGACGGGUAGGAGCGUGUGUGUAGUGUGUUGUGCGCGCGCGUGUGUGUGUGAGAGAGACACUUACUCUCCUAACUACUAGGAUACAGACACACUCUCCAACUCAAAGAAGAAGAACAAGAGGGAGCAGAAGAGGAGAGGAGGGGGGAAAGAAAUCUGGAGUUCUUUUAGUUCUUUUUCAAAAAUUUUUCAAUUCAAAAAAUCCCUCCCCCUCAGUCAAGCAAUCAGGCACUUCUUUAAAAAACCUGUACCUCCUGGGACUUCAAUUUUUUCCUCUCCUCACUGGAAAUUAUAUGACACUGAUCAAUUUCCUCCACCACUCAAACCAGGCUAUACCUCAUGGAUUUGAAUCUGAUUGGAUAUAUGAUGUGUUUGUGGUUGUCCAGCUCCAGGGUGCUUGGAGGCUAUCCCAUCUGGUGGUCACUGGCGCUGGGGCAGCAGUACUCCACGCUGGGCUCGCAGCCCAUCCUGUGCAGCUCCAUCCCGGGUCUGGUGCCCAAGCAGCUGCGCUUCUGUCGCAACUACAUCGAGAUCAUGCCCAGCGUGGCCGAGGGCGUGAAGCUGGGCAUCCAGGAGUGCCAGCACCAGUUCCGUGGCCGACGCUGGAACUGCACGACCAUCAAGAACAACUUGGCCAUCUUUGGCCCUGUACUGGACAAAGCCACAAGGGAGUCUGCAUUUGUCCACGCCAUAGCGUCAGCCGGCGUGGCGUACGCAGUGACGCGCUCGUGCGCCGAGGGCACGUCCACCAUGUGCGGCUGUGACUCGCACCACAAGGGCCCGCCGGGUGAGGGCUGGAAGUGGGGCGGCUGCAGCGAGGACGCUGAGUUCGGCGUGCUGGUGUCGCGCGAGUUCGCCGACGCCCGCGAGAACAGGCCGGACGCUCGGUCCGCCAUGAACCGCCACAACAACGAAGCCGGGCGGAUGACCAUCCUGGAAAACAUGCACCUGCGCUGCAAGUGCCAUGGCCUGUCAGGCAGCUGCGAGGUCAAGACGUGCUGGUGGGCGCAGCCCGACUUCCGUAUGCUGGGCGACUACCUGAAGGACAAGUACGACAGUGCCUCGGAGAUGGUGGUGGAAAAGCACCGCGAGUCACGUGGCUGGGUGGAGACGCUGCGUGCCAAGUACGCCUUCUUCAAGCACCCGACGGAGCGUGACCUCGUCUACUACGAGGGCUCGCCCAACUUCUGCGAGCCCAACCCGGAGACGGGCUCGUUUGGCACGCGCGACCGCGUCUGCAACGUCUCGUCGCACGGCAUCGAGGGCUGCGACCUGCUGUGCUGCGGCCGAGGCCACAACACGCGGACGGAGAAGCGCAAGGAGAAGUGCCACUGUGUCUUCCACUGGUGCUGCUACGUCAGCUGCCAGGAGUGCACGCGCAUCUACGACGUGCACACCUGCAAAUGAGAGCAGGGGACCAGGGAGGAGGGGAGAAGGACAGACACGACAGACAGAGA